UUUUUGGUUUUACGUUAGGUUUAAAAUUAAAUAUAAAUGUUUGACCAGCGUUUCGUAUUCGUACCAAUAUAAAACCUGUUACUUGUUAAGUAAGAAAACCGUGUAUAAGCUUGGCAGAUAGAGUUAAAAUAUUAAGAGUGAGCGUACAAAAAAAGUUGGUAUGUAAGUAAAACACCCACCCAAUUUAAUUCAUCUAUGUAAUGUACCUAAUGCGCAAACAAGGUUAGAAUACACAAAAUAUUGCAUAUCCAUACGAAUGGCGAUGCACAUGACCUUCAUGAUACAACGCUAUUCAGCUCUUCGCAUAGUCACACGUCUAGAGGGCCACCAACCAACUUCAAUUAGGUAAUCAAAGCGAGGCGGCUUGAUCGCUUGAUCUGUCCUCCGCGCACCGCGAGGGGCGCGAGGCGGCCGCGGAGGCACAGGCAGUUGCGCGCGCGCCUCGAGCUAAGGCGCGCGGAUACACCCGUAGCUCAUAAUUAUAAUGUGAUUGAACACUUCAGUGCAGAACGUAACGAAUUUAUUGUCAACAUCUUACAAAAUGGAGUGCUACACAUCCGACAGCUGUGAUAGCGACAGUAGGGAACAAAAGACUCUGGACCUGUCCAACCAGUUGCUAGACACGAACGGUCUGGCACUGGAACUAAAAGGGAUCGUCGAUGAGAAGGACUGCGCAGAAAAUUACGAGAUCGUUCUCCUAUACAGCAACAGAAUCAGCGCAUUGCCCGACACUAUAAACAGGUUUUGCAACUUGAAGAUAUUGGACGUCAGUCACAACAGGCUCAAGACUCUCCCUGACCUGCUGAAAUACUGCCCGCUGACAUCCCUCAUAGCCAAACACAACUUACUCACCAACGAAUCGCUACCAAAAUGCUUCUUCUCCGCGAAAAACACCUUAAAGGAACUCAAUCUUAGCGGGAACCAACUCAGCUCUUUCCCAGAGCAAGUAAUGGAGUUAACAUCACUGCGUUAUCUCUAUAUGGGCGGAAAUAAUAUAGUCAAUAUACCAAAGGAUAUAUGGAAACUCAACAGUUUACAGAUUCUCUCACUAGGAGGAAACCAAAUCAUCGAAGUCCCUGAUGCAGUUGGAAGGCUGACGGGUCUGCAGGCCUUGGUGUUGAGCGACAACCUUAUAGAGCAGCUCCCGAAUAGCAUAGCAAACCUGAACCAGCUACGGUCGCUGCUCAUCCACAGAAACAAACUUAAGACACUGCCUACUCAAAUCAUCAAGUUAAAAUGUCUAACAGAGCUCAGUCUCCGAGACAACCCUCUCGUGGUGAGGUUCGUUCGAGACAUGACAUUGCAGCCCCCCUCGCUACUAGAACUCGCUGGCCGAACCAUCAAACUACAUGAGAUCCCAACUUUGCCCGGAGAGGUUCCGAGGGACCUAAUUAACUAUUUAAGCGCAGCGCAGUGCUGCGUUAAUCCUAAGUGCAAAGGCGUGUUCUUCGACAACCGUGUGGAGCACAUCAAAUUCGUCGACUUCUGCGGUAAAUACCGAAUCCCACUUCUGCAGUACUUGUGCAGCUCCAAAUGCAUCACUGGAAGCUGGGAGAGUAGGGAAACAGACAGCAAUCCUCAUCCUCAUAUGAUGCGGAAGGUCCUCCUGGGAUAACGCUCAAAAAGAUCAUGAAAUACUCAUGUUCAUGACUACUGCAAUACUGUUGCAAAAGGUUUAGAAUAGACCAGGGGUCUCCAAACUUUUUGACCGUGAGGACCUUGCAAGAUUUCGAAUCUCUGGCUUGCGUCCUGCGGGCCAGAAUGGAAGGACUCGCGAGUGAAAUAACUUGUGAUAACUAUUAGAAAACAAAAAGCAUAUAAAGAUUUAUUCUACAUAUUUGGGUUCUGAAUACAGUAAUAAUGAAAUUGACACUUGUCUAUCUUAAAAGUUCAGACUUUUAAAAUGGUAAACUUUAGGUGAUAAACUAUAGGUAAUAUAUUCUUUUACACCUGAUGAAUUAUGAUUAUAUCAAUUUAAACUGAUACUAAAAUUUACAUAACCUUAUGAGAGUUAAGCUUAGAGAAUAGAUUGGAUCUUUUGAUAAGAUAUAAAUUUAGAGCUACAAAAAUGCAGUAUAUAAAAAAGAUUUACCCUUCCAUAAGUCUGUGAUUUCCAAAUUAAGAGGACAUCUUGGUUUAGGUUCUUGAGCUUCAAGCAAAGUCAAGAUUAUUAUUAUAAAAGUUUAUUGCAUUUUUUGUAUCAGAGUUUGUAUAGGUACAUUGUGUUAUACUGUAUAUUUUGUUUAACAGAUUGUUUUAACUAAGUAACUACAUAUCAUUUAUUUCCUUAUUACUCUAAAUAAUAAAAUAAAUGUUAUUGAAA